GAGAUGGAGCAGGUGAGAGCUGGGUCUAUCUGCUGACAUGGACCUGAGGAUGCUGCUUCUGAACUUGUCCCUCCUGUGCCUCAUCGCUGGAGCUGUAUCAGAGCCGAUAUGGUCACCUCAACCAGUAAGCGGAGGUGGAGAUAACAGUAUUAUUAGCGACGAGAUUAAUUUUAGCUACAUCAUAAUGAUCCCAAAGUGGCUCUUAAGUGAAAGCGACGUGAAUGUAGCUAUAAUGGUGGAAAGUGAUCCGGACCAGGAGAUCUAUCUGCACGCUGCUUUUGAAAUCUUUGACACCAGCAUUGUUAUAUUUGAUAAUGAAAAAGCUACAAAUAUUCAAAGCAAAGAUUUCACGGUGCCCACAGUGAACUCGUCACAACCAGCCUUCCUGACCGUUUCUUUCUCUGAUGGAAACACAGUUAAGAAGACUGAACGCCAGACCAUAAUGGUUAACAAUCAACAGAAUGGCUGCACUAGCCAGUCAGGGAAACCCAUUUACAACCCUGGGGACACAGUGCAAUGCAGAUUUUUUUGUUUAACUCCUGAAAUGAAGACUGUUGAUCAGAACGUGACAAAUGUGCGCUUUCUGGAACCGUCGGGUGCGUGUAUAGCCCAGGUGGGGAAUCCAGAGCCGAAAAAUGGGGUUGUGGAAUUGGAAUUCACGACUUCUGAAGACGCAACCUCUGGAUAUUAUCAAAUCAUAUUUGAAAAUGAAGGAAAAGGGGUGAUCUACACUGCAUAUGCUCAAGUACAACAAUACACCCUACCAAGAUUUUCUUCAAACGUCGCUUGUCCUGGCGCCGUAUCUGUUGUGGACAAAGUAGUAAAUAUCAGUGUAUCAUCUCAGUACAUCUAUAAUAAGCCAGUGUCAGGCGAGGUCAUAACGAAGUGCUGCAGAGGAAUACAAUACACUUACGGAAGAGCGAGCAACUGUUACAAGGGAUUGGAAGAAAUCUGUUCGAAUUAUAUUGAUAAGCUGGAUGCUAAUGGCACUUACAGCAAUAUGAUGCCCCUGGAUGUUUUUAAACUGCAGUUAUCUGGCCUUAGCAAUAGCAUUACUUGUGACAUCAGUGUGAGAGAAAGUGGAACAGGGGUCGUGGAUACACAAUCCUGCUAUAUUUCGGUAACCAACCGGCCCAUCAGUCUCCAGAUUGAAUAUUCCCCUUCUGGCCAGUAUUAUAAACGUGGCAUUGACUUAGUCUGCACAGCUAUACUAACAGAUGAGAAUGGAAAACCAUUGGCUGGUGAAAUUAUUACUGUAGAGGUGGAUGGGGCGUCUGUUAAGAAGUCAAUUACAGAUGCUGACGGGAGGGCUGAUUGCAGAACAGAUACAUCAUCCUACUUUAAGCCGAAUAUUACUCUCCGUGUUAGUUACCAGGAUGAAGACCAGUGUUACGUCAAUGAUUACUCCGGUGUUGACUAUCCAUAUGAUGAACGCACUAUAUAUCGUUUUUAUGCUCACUCAAAUAGCUACGUGCAAAUAAUGGCUCCUCGUGGGCAACUAAACUGCAACCAGAUGUAUAACAUUGAGGUGGAAUUCAUAGUGAGAGGAAAAGCUGCUGAGGGAGACGCCGCCAAUAAAACUUUUUAUUACAUUAUAAAAGCCAGAGAAGGCAUUGUGGCGUACGGUUCUCAGGAAGUUGAUUUGACCAUCAACCAGAAUGGCUCUUUCAUCCUUCCCAUUAAUGUAAGCUCCCAACUCGCAACCAGCGCUAAUAUUCUGGUCUUCGCAAGAGUGGAUAACGAGCUCAUAUCAGAUACCGUGCCCUUGGACAUACAGCCGUGCUUUAACAAUUUAGUUUCUCUGAGUGUCGAUCAGACAGUUGUGACUCCUGGUUCAGAAGUUGAUCUCCAUAUAAACGCUGCUCCAGAUUCAAUGUGUUUUCAAAGAGUGCUGGAUGCCAGAUUAAAGUUGCAAUAUCCAUAUGAUCCAUUCAACCCCACUUCUAUAUUCUACCUGUUCCCCAGUUUCUUUGAUUACACCUAUGAUGGAAUAAAUGAUGUGCAGCCAACACAACCCUGUGUGGAUCCAAACAAAGUAUUAUAUUGUGAUGGAUGGUACGGACGUCCUGAUAGCAGCCCAACAGAUGGUGACACUUUCAGUAACCUCAGGAACCUUGAUAUGAACUUUGUGACAGAUCUUGACACUGAGAAAAUGGUGGUGUGUGGGAUGGAGUCUCAACCACCUCCGGUUCCUAUUAGGUUUAGCAGACUAUCGGCGUCUGUAAAGGAAGUGGGCGCAGCUGCUCCUACUAGUGCUGAUACGAUUGUGACAGAUCGAACAAAUUUUGCUGACUUCACAGGGUGGCAAUCAGUGUUGGCAGACUCAGAUGGCCGUGCAACAAUAACAACAACACUCCCGGACAGUAUUACCGUAUGGAACGCUGACACGUUUUGUACGUCAGAUGUAGCUGGCUUUGGCAUGACCAUCCAAGAUACAAAUAUCACUGCAACGCAGGAAUUGUUUGCGGAGGUCUUGGCUGCUCCUUUCGCUAUCAGAGGAGAAUCUAUCCAGCUAAUCGUUCAGUUUGCUAGCUACCUUGACCACUGCACGCAGGCCUCAGUGACAGUGCUGCUCGACGAUCUGCCGAAGUUUCAGAAUGAGAUAUGUAUAUGUCCUGGAGAGAGACCCGUUCAGGAUGUGCCCUUGGAUUUUAACACAGUGGGCCUGAUUAAUAUCACAGGGAUCAUUGAAACACAGAGCAGUUCAGGUACAUGUGGUGGAUCCAAUGACAUUCCUCAAGUACCCCGCAAGGACAUGGUCACAAUAGGUAUUAAUGUACAGCCCGAGGGAAUAAAGACAGAAAAAACGUACACUUACCUGCUCGCUGUAAAUGAUGCGAACAGUGAAAGAGAAAUCGGCAUACAGAGCCAAAACUAUUUGGUGCCGGACUCUGCUGCAUUUACCCUACAAGUUGUGGGUGAUCCUGUGGGGCUUUCCGUGCAGAACAUGGCCAAUCUGCUGCAACAGGUAGAUAGUAGCUGUACACAGAAUCUGGCGCUGCUCACUCCCAUUGUAGAGCUAGUGGAAUUUCUGCAAUACACGGGGAAAUUAUCUAAAGAACUUUUGGAAAAAGCAAAAACGGCAAUAUCUGCAGCCUGGGCUCGACAUCUGGCAUGCAGACAGAAUGAAGGAUACUUCUCUCAGUACUUUAGGUCCAUCAUCAGGAGUUCUUGGAUUGACAUUUACACGUUAGAAGCAUCGUGCAAAAUCCAGAAUUACACGUUUGUGGAUCCCAUCAUCCCAACAAGAUUAAGUCUUGUACUAUCACAGCAGCAGAACUUGACCUCCGGCUGUAUAAAUCCUAUUGGCUGCCCAUUUACAGAUCAGUCCAGGAUAAAUGAUGUCAUUCGCUUCACAGCUACUGCAGCACUAAUAUUGCUCAAGUGCCCAAUGACCAGCGUUGGGCCGGCAAUUUUAGAUGGCACCAUGCAGUGUAUUGACGCUGUCCGUUUUGAAGAACAGGAUACAUGCACCCAAGCCUACUUAUUCCAUGCCGCAGCUGUACGAAAACAGACAGACAAGUGUGAAAGCAUGUAUGCUAUAUUACAGGGAAAAGUCAUCAGAGAAGGUCUCCUGGCCCACUGGGAAUGUGAGUCCUCCUCCGAGAAUGUAGUUGUCACAGCCAACAUAUGUUCAGGCAUCUUGAAGUGUUUUAACGUGACUCCGGAAAUAAAUGACUUCCUUGGCCCAGUAGCAGUAUACUUGGUUUCACAACUGAACCCAAGUGGUGGUUUCCAGAACUCACAGGACACAGUAGAAGCUAUGGAUGCAUUGACACUUUAUGGAAGACUGCUAGGCAAUGUAGGUGAUACUAAUGCUGAAGUCUCUGUGAAAAAUGGGGAUACAGUAGUUGCCAACAUAACUGUGAAUGAAGAUAACAAGUUUGUGGUCCAGUCACAGAAGCUGAGUAAUAAUUCAUAUGGAACAUUCAAAAUUUCUGCCACUGGCAGUGGAAAUCUUCUGGUACAGAUAACCAAUACGUACAACACCAUGAUUCCCAAGGAGGAUGCUCCCUUCUCAUUUACAGUAACAGCACAGGCUGAGUGUAUAGGAGGAGUUGCUGCAGUCUAUAACGUCUCAAUCUGUGCCAGCUACAUAGGAAAUCGAACUACUACCAACAAUGUACAAAUUGACUUUAAAUCGCUUACUGGGUGCACGGUUGAUGGAUACUCAAUGUACAAGUUGUUGGAAAACAAAACGAUCUGCGAUUAUAAAAUAGUGGAUGAUCACAUGACUAUUAAUCUGGACCCUUUUCCCCAAGGUGAGGAACGCUGCUUCACCUUCUCCUCAUACGUGACGAGCCAAGUUUACACCAUGCAGAGGAGUUAUGCAAUUAUACAAGACUCAUUUGACGCGCACACAUCUGCGUUUGCUUGGUAUAGCUACCCCUGUAGCCAGAACAAGUAAUAACCCGGGUGGAACCAGCAAAUGAAAGAAGCCUGAUCACAGUAUAAGAAACACAACAGGAACCUGAUUACAGCCUGAUUCAUUACACAGCUGAAGAGAUCAUUCUAAUCAUUGGAAAAUGCAAUUCUGAUCUGUUAUUCAUAAGCGUAUGCAAUAGGAAGGAUAUGAUAAGGGGAAUGUUAAUGAUGCAAAAUAUUUUUUUCUUAUGGUUAGCAAGUAACAACCUGUUUUUAUGAUUAGGCAAAAUUGAUGCUUUGUGAUUUGAACAAAUUAAAUCUUACUUGUCUGACAACAAAAAUAUUUUACAAAUUUUCUCACUCCGUCAAUAAUGUGUUCAGGGACAUCUACUGCUCUAUUCAGUCUCUGUCACUACUAUGUUUGUUCCCGGUGAAGCUCGUGCCAUGUACAUAAAGAGGUUUCCUCUGGUAAUAUUUACUUGUGAAACAAAAAUAAAAUCGACCAAUCUGUA